CGAUUUGCUUUUCGUUGUUUUCGUUUCGAUAAACAAACAGCUGUUUUUGUGGAAAUAUAGCAUAAUCUUUGCCUUAUAGCAAUAUGAAUGAAGAAAUUGAUGAAUUUGAAAUUUACCAUCAAGAUUUCACAACUGCUUCAGAGUGGGAAGUAUUUAUUGCACGAAUAGAAGAGAUACUAAACGAGUGGUCACUCGCCAAAUCAAAAAUUUGCCUAAAUUCAGAAUGUCAGGGUACAAAAUGGGUCAGUAAAUGCGAAGAUAUCAAGUUCCAUGGUCUGAGUUUCAAACUUUCAUAUCACACGCUAGAUUUUACUGAAAGUAAAACGGAUGACAACGAUAACAAGUCUUUGUUAGAAGAUUUACAAAAUGGUAUUUGGGCAUCAACUGCAAACUUCAUCGAUGAAGUGGACGGCGGCAGUCCUUUCCCCGUUUUUACAUGGUUCGGGCUUAAACGUUACGUGAUGCUUUGUCCAAGUGAGCCUCUUGUUGAUGGUAGCCUUAUAAAAUUAGUAAUGAGUUCAGCAAACAUUGCCUUUGCCAAUGUAGAUUGUGGAGCGCCUUUCUUCAUAAAAGUUAGAGAACAUUGGCAACAGUGUUAUUUGGGUUUCUAUGAGGACAGCGAGCAUAAGACUAGUUUUGAUUCAAUACACCUGAAGCGCAUCUCUAAUCAGUGUUCUCACCUCAGUGGCCUUGUUAGUUUGUUUAAAUCAAAGAUUGCUUCGCCAGUAGCCCUCGGAGCUGUUAUAGUAUCAGCUAAAUUUUCUUAUGAAUUGAAGGAUGUGGAAGCAUUUGCCUGGACUCGCACCACACAUUCAAAUGAGUUCCUAUCUAUUGAUGGCUUUGAUGUUAAGAAGUUGAUAGAACUGCCUUUUGGUUCGGAAAAAAAUCCUAUCUACAGUGCACUGUUAAAUGCUAUCUGGCCAAAGUUCCUAGAGAGCUCUAUUGUUGAUUGUUCCACAUUUUCUGACAUAGACCCUAUAAUGGCCCCUACAUGGACUAUUAGUUUGAAAUUGAGAGACAAUCUAACAUGCCAGUUGUCCGAAACAAUUGAUAAAAUGAUGAACUUACUGGAUAAAAAUAAUUUGUUAAUGGAUACUCUGGGCCUGAGUCGGAGUCUGGGGCUAGUGAAUCCUUUGCACAAGAUCACGGAGGCUCCCAUCACAAUAUCAAAGCUUGUGAAAGCAGCAAUAGGCCAGGGCACCAAUAUACAGGAGUUCAAAGGCCCCAUAGCAGAUGACUUGCUCAUGUCACUGCUGUACUACAUAUUUCCUGAUGCAGUGGAGGAUGACACAUUUAACUACCCAGAAAAAUUAGAGAUAGAAAUUAAGGGUGAGGGUGGUGAGUCUAAGUUACUCGGGUACUUAAAGACCUCGCCCCGCAACGGGCUUGUAUGGCGGUUGUCAGUGGCGGCGGCGCGCCUCCUGGACGCUGGCGGCCUGCCUUACCUAGCACACGUGUGGUACGAGUUCACUCAGGAACUGCAGUACCGCUGGGAGCGUCGCAUUCUCAUUCCAGGAAUUGCCGAGGGGAGUCCAAACGCGAGAACAUGUUUGCUUCAUCAAAAGCUGCAGUUGUUGAACUGCUGCAUCCAGCGCUCGCAAGAGUCAGGCGGGGCACCCGGCAACUCCUCCGAGGACGAGUUCUACGACUGUUCGGAGGGCGAGGGUGCCGACUCCCAGUUACCUUGGGACCGUCCAGUCGGCAGGCUAAAGCGCCUUGAGGACGCUACUCUCAAGAAUGGAGCGCCCCUCUAUAUUCCUCGCACUCAGGACCCGGCUCCGAAGACAGAAGACCAGCUGGAGGAAGACGCUGAGCUGAUGGUGCGGCUCGGCGACGACGCGCGCGCCUCCGAGCUGCGGGCGCGCAUGAUGAGCGCCUCGCUGCUCUCCGACAUGGAGGCCUUCAAGGCGGCCAACCCCGGCGCCGAACUCUGCGACUUCGUACACUGGUACUCGCCGCGCGACUGGCGGCCCGACGGCGGCGGCGCGCUCGGCGACCGCAUGCUGCUGCCCGGCAACCCCUGGGUGGAAGCCUGGGACGUCGCGCGACCGGUCCCCGCCGCGCGCCAGCGUCGCCUCUUCGACGAGACUCGCGAGGCGGAGCAGGUUCUUCACUUCCUGCGCUCCCGAACCGUCAGCGGCGCCGCGGAACUUCUUUUACCGGCAAUUUUGCGAGCGGGUGCCGUCAAAGCCCAGGCGGAGGGGGUCACCGCGGUCAGCGCGGCGGUGGGCGGGGUCGAUCAGAGGCGGUCCUUCGAGAUAGCCGCGCGGGAACUUUACGAUGCGGAAAGGGAAGCGUGUCGGUCUGUCUGUGUCCGCACCGUGCUCGGCGAUAGCGAGGAAGACCGGCCGCUCGACUCCGCGGGCAGGAGUCGGAUCCUCAACGCCGUGGGCGGCAGCCUGCCGGCGCCCGCGCGGCGCGAGUUUACGCUGCGCGUGCGGGACGACGUGGCGCCGCAGGUCAUGCGCGCCGCCCUCUCCACCGACAUGUUCAUCAUCGGCGCCUUCACAGAACGCAUAGUGUGCUUGUAGCGAUACAAAUAUUUAACCCCUUUAUGCCAUUAUGCCACUGUGCCAGCGAUCACGUUCAUUUUUGUAUUAAGAUUAUUAACCGUAUACUAAAUGUUCAAAUUAACGAAGCAUUUGUCAAUAUACAGUGAAACCUGGUUAAGUGCGACCUGGAUAAGUGAGAAACCUCUAUAGCUGGGACUCAUGGUGCGGUCCCGACACUUUAGCAUUGAAUUAUCUAUGUAAGUGAGAUAAAACGAACCUCUGUAACUGGGAUUAGUUGUUGUGAUUUUAUUGUCACAUUUACCUCUAUAAUUGAGACAGAGGGUGUAUUUUACCUCUUUUACUGAGACUAUUUUUAUAAGAUUACAUUUUCCUAAUUGUUUUAUAGAAUUUUAUAGGAAUUGAUCUCUGUAUCUGAGACUCUCUAACUUGGACUUUAUUGAUCAAUUUCCGUAUUCUUACUAGAGUCGGACCAAAAAAAGCCUGCAUCGGAUUUGAUAGCCCACGCAGUGCAAGUGUCAUAAUUUCAUAGAAGUUUGACGUUUAAAAUAACACGUGCACUGCGUGGACUAUCAAAUCCGCUGCAGACUUUUCAUGGACUGACUCUAACUCUUAGUCUAUCCACAAAUGCCGCAUUUGCUUAAUUGCGUCUUAAAGGAUUUUAAGUUUGAUUUAGUUACUUUAUGUAGUUAAGACUAUCGAAACGAAAGCUGAAAUCUUGAUAAGAUUUUCAUUUAAUAAAUUUCUAAGACGCAAUGAAGUCCAUAUCAAAUUUAAUUUUAUUUUAAAAUAUCUAUCCUUUGGAGAAUCAUUCUAAAUAAAUUCAAAGCAACAUUUAAACAGACUUUAACAAUAUUUAGGGACAAGGAUUAUUUUACCUUAUUUAUUUUUAAAGAUACAGUGAAACCUUGAUAAGUGAGACUACAAGGGACGAGCAGAUUUGUCUCACUUAAAGAGGUAUUCCACUUACCCAGGCUCUCAGUUAGCCAGGUACAAAUAAAUUUCUGUCUCAUUUACAGAGGGUCCCAUUAAUAGAGGUGAGAAUAGAGGAUAUAUCUCAGUUAUAGAGGUGGUUAAUAAGGUAUUUUGUAAUUAUCUUUAAAUGUUUAGGUAAAAUAAUCUUUGUCCCUAAAUAUUUUUUAAGUCUGUUUAAAUAUUUCUUUGAAAAUAUUUUGAAUGAUUUUCCAAAGGAUAGAUUUUUUCAAUUAAAUUUGAUACGGACUUCAUUGCGUCUCAGAAAUUAAUUAAAUGAUUGAAAUUUGUUUAUUCUUGUUACUUAUCAAGAUUUCGGAUUUAGUUUCGAUAGUUUUAACUAUAUAAAGUAACUAAAUGAAACUUGAAGUCGUUUAGACACAAUUGCAAAUGCGGAAUUUGUGGAUAAACUAAGAGUUAGUAAGAAUACGGAAAUAGAUCAAUAAAGUCCAAGUUAGAGAGGUCAUAGAUUGAGGUUAUCUCAGAUACAGAGGUAAUUCGUAUAAAAUUCUAAAAAAAUAAUUAGGGAAAUGUAAUCUUAUAAAUAUAGUCUCAGUAAAAGAGGUAAAAUACACUCUCUGUCUCAAUUAUAGAGGUAAAUGUGACUAUAAAAUCACAACAACUAAUCCCAGUUAUAGAGGUUCGUUUUAUCUCACUAACAGAGGUAAUUCAGUGCUAAAGUGUCGGGACCGCACCAUGAGUCCCAGCUAUAGAGGUUUCUCACUUAUCCAGGUCCCACUUAACCAGGUUUCACUGUAAUUACAAAAUACCUACCUUAUUAACCACCUCUAUAACUGAAAUAUACUAUAUUCUCACCUCUAUUAAUGGAACCCUCUGUAAAUGAGACAGAAAUUUAUUUGUACCUGGCUAACUGAGAGCCUGGGUAAGUGGAAUACCUCUUUAUGUGAGAUAAAUCUGCUCGUCCCUUGAAGUCUCACUUAUCCAGGUUUCACUGUAUAUCAAUCCAAUCAUGCAGCAUUAUCAAAAACGCUAGCGCAACACUUGCAAGAAAGAAAAAACUAAAUGCCCUCUUAGUUCAGUCUUCCUUGAGAUAAAGUGAUAGAUUUCGUUAGUAAGUAGAUAAUAUAAUAUAAUAGAUAGCUAAUAGUACCUACAAUGUAAGAUAAAUUAGAAGACAGAUCGCCUUACCGCCUGCUCAGUUUUGUUAACUGGUUAAACAAUACUGAAUGUGUAAUCAUGCGCAAGCAGGAGUUACGUCGAUCUGUCUCGUAACAGGUAAAUAAUGUUAAGCGUAUUGGUGCAAUUGUAGUUGAAUAAAUAAUGUUGAAUUGUUCAUAGAAUUUAUUAAUAUAUUUAUAAGAACUUGUUUGUGAUGUUCUAAAUGUUUGUUUAAAUUUUACGGUAAUUCAAUUAAUGCAUAUUACACUUUUGCUAGUGUGCCUAUGUGAUAUGUUCCGGGGACUAGGGAAUGUAAACCGGUUUUUAUUUGUAUGUAAUUUCGGUUAAUAACUGGUUACCAGCCGGUUUUUUCAUACAAUUAAAAACUGGUAGUUUACAUUCCCUAUUACGGACCCGGACGCUAAGCUGGCUUAUCAAACUCUACGCCAGCAGUUUUUACGCUGGCGGUCUAUCUUGUAACACCGAAUUUGUCUCAUAAUAAUCUCGUGAAUAUUUAUUGUGUUUCGAACAUAUGUUUAUUCCAUAAAACGUGACUAUGUAAAUUUAUAUGGACAACAA